AUGCUGUUGACUGCCAACGAACUCAAGGAUAUAAUUUCCGAGCGCCUUGAAGCCCCGCUUGUGCAAGUUGAGGACAUGUCUGGAGGAUGUGGCCAGGCGUUUGCCGUGAUCAUCGUGACGCCGAAGUUCCAAGGAAAAAACAAGCUCAUGAGACAUCGCAUGGUUAACACGGCGUUAAAAACAGAAAUUGCAUCAAUCCAUGCAUUCACUCAGAAGGGCUUCACGCCCGAGGAAUGGAAGGCCCAAGGAGGGACCAUUUAG